AUGUUACCGACUUCUAACAGCCUUGCCGAACAGUUAAACUCCCGCGUUUGGUUGCCACCUAAACAACGUGGUCUCAUAAAAGCGGCAGCUGAAGGUGGGUGCUCGAUCUGCAAGCGCCUGGUUGCCAUUUCCACCACCACAGCCGCCGAUGCAAAAGUUCACGUUGUGGAUAUGAACAACCUCAAUCCACGGGCCGUCCUUUCCAAGCUACAUCCUCUCAAUCAGCCCAUAAUUGCAUGGAAACCCUCGGGUUGGAUGUAUAAUCCGCAGAAGAAACUCACUGAAGGAAACGCAAGACGUUUACCAUGCUCCAGAGAGACGCUGACUCGUCUUAAGGAAUGCGUUUCAGUGGAGAUGAUUGUUGGAAGCGUCUUUGUUUUCGGUGCUGCCUACAGUGAACACAGUAGCUUUGAUGAACUGAAGGAAUUUGUGACGAAACUUCGACCUCUCCGAGUUCAACAGACUGUUUUCGGUGGUAAAGCGAAGGACACAGCCAAAUACGUCAAUGAAUGGCUGCGUUUGGGUUGA